UCGUCCGAACACACUGGCGGGAGACAGAAACGUUGCGAGCUUCCUUGUCGGUGGGGAUUUGGCGUAGAGUAGCGUACAAAAGCAACGUUGCUCAUUUCAUUUAAAUACUUUGGACGCCUUAUGAGCUGCAUUUCAAAUUCCUGGGAGAGAAACACGGCUAACUGCGACAGUUUCCAGGUUCUUGCUAACCAAACUGCUGCUAACGUUAACUGGCUAACGCGCUAGCUAGCUAGGCAGCACCUGCUGACCCGUCUAAGCCUUUGUCUCUUUAGAAAGGUCUCCGAAGACUUUCGUUUCUUUCUCACGUUUUCCAGCUUUUCGUACUUUAUUUUUGCCUGUUUGUUUCCUGGGAAACUCUGUUGCAAUUUUAUUUCCUCCUGUCUUGCUAAACUUGCUAAACCGCAUAGCAGAGUAACAUGGCAAAAGUGCAAGUGCUGAAUGUUGCUGUUCUGGACAACCCGAGUCCUUUUGGAAACCCUUUUCAGUUUGAGAUAACGUUUGAGUGCAUGGAGGAUCUUCCAGAGGAUCUUGAGUGGAAAAUCAUAUACGUGGGCUCAGCCGAGAGUGAGGAGUAUGAUCAGACUCUUGACUCCGUCCUGGUUGGCCCAGUCCCUGCAGGAAGACACAUGUUUGUGUUCCAGGCUGAUGCCCCAAACACAGCCCUGAUCCCUGAGAGUGAUGCUGUGGGUGUCACUGUUGUCCUGAUCACCUGCACAUACAGAGGACAAGAGUUUAUUCGCAUUGGUUAUUAUGUCAACAACGAGUACACUGACGCUGAGCUCAGGGAGAACCCACCACUCAAACCUGACUAUGGGCAGCUCCAGAGAAACAUUUUGGCUUCAAACCCACGUGUGACCAGAUUCCAUAUCAACUGGGAGGGAUGUUCAGAGAAGAUGGAGGAUUCUGAGAAUGUGGAUCCGGCUCCUAACGCGAUGCUGCCCCCUUCGUGCCCUCCAGGCAAAGCACCUCCACUCGGACUAAUGCCAGACAACUCCAUGGACUGCUUGUAAAGAUCCAAGGCCACGUGUAAAGAAAUCCCUCACCUCAGAGCACUUAUGUGCAAGAUCCACCGGUCCAGAGAAGAUGACAUGCAGAUCAGCAAUGACUUUCUUGAUUUUCGGAUUCAUGGUUUGGUCAGGCUCUCAAUGUAUUGAGUCUGCUGGCUUAAACAAUCAGUGGCAUUAACGUUUGACAUGUUAGAAGAAUGAAUGUGUCAGAGCAGUACUGAAACAACUUGUGAGACGGACUGAGUAACGAGUGUGAGACGUAUCCCCAGCUCUUGUUCACACUGUUACAUAUGCUUGUCUUGAGCCAUGCCGUUCGAUUUUUCAGAGAGUCUUCAGAAAGAGAGGUUGUAAGUUAUUAUAGGUCAUGUGACAUCACAGGAGCGAUAUGUUGCUCAUCCAUAAGAAAAAGAUCAGAUUUGCUGUGUUUAACACAGUCUGCAGGUGGGAUUGUAUAAUACUGUAUAUAUGUUUACUCUGAUUUGUAUGCCAGCUGUCCAAAUAAAUAAAUAUCUUUUGUUAUGUGA